ACUAUAUUUAACUAUAGUUGUCCGGUCACUUUUUCGCGGGGAUCGUUUUUCUCGUGCUUAGAUCUCAAUGUCCAGACUUGCAUAUUUAAACCUCGUCAGGACAGUGUUUCUUUAGAUUGGGGAAAACUUUCGUACUAGAAAAAUGGUGCUAUCAGUAAUAUUUUACUGUUUGAUGGUAUUCGCAAUUGCAAACUGCAAAAAGAACCAGCUACAAUCCGAGAAGAUGGCUUGUGAAAACUCCAUAGUGAACCUAUCAUGUCCAGACAAAACAUCCAUCCGGAUUGUCACAGCAAGUUAUGGGCGGGACGAUUAUAUCACGUGUCCACAUUUACAUAUUAGGACUGAUGACUGUUCUGCUGUCAAUUCCCUAACUGUAGUUCAAGGCCAGUGUGACGGACAACAGUUGUGUAAUGUCAAAGCAUCAAAUUCUAUUUUUGGCGAUCCCUGUGUAAACACUUACAAAUAUCUGAAAGUCAAAUAUGUUUGUGAGAAAAAGAAAGGACCAUCGCCACCCAAUAAACCAUCUUCUAAGUUAACAUAUGUAUGUGAGGGUCAAAGAGGAAAUAUACAGUGUCCUGCUAACAAAUACAUCAAGAUCAAUGGAGCGACAUAUGGACGGACAGACAGAACAACAUGUCCAUCCCCUAGAAUCAGGACAACAGAAUGUUCUACGGAGUUCCCACUUCCUAUGAUAAGGGAUCAAUGCCAAGGUCAACAAGAAUGUAUUAUUACAGCCACAAACGCAUUGUAUGGAGAUCCAUGUGUGAAUACGUACAAGUACCUUACUGUAAACUUUGACUGUACAGGAAAAGGAAAUGCGAAUAAAGAAAAAGGAAAUGCGGAAAAAGAAAAAGGAAUGAAGAAUGCGAAUGAAGAUGAAUAAAAAAAGACUAGUGAUUCGAUUUAAAUUUGUCAUUGUUUGCUGUUUGUUUGCUGUAGUUAUUGGUGUAGAUAUGUUUAAGUAUUGUUGUAGACACAUUUUAAAGUAGUGUAUACAUUCGUUUUACUUUGUUCAAUACCAAUAAAUAGAUAUCGACUGA